AUGACUACUGUAGCAGCAACAUCUUUCACAAAACAACAAACAACAAAACAACAAACAACAAGCAACAAACAUCUUUCACAAUCUGGAACACCAUAUAAAACUAUAUCAGCAACUGGGGAUGGUGGCUACACUGAGAUGUAUAUUGGUGAUGAUGGAAAACAGGUAGAACCAAAAGAACGCAGCAUCGUAUCUCUCCUGAUUGUAGUAGGACCACUAGUUGUCGUAAAGCUCUUACUGCUCAUAUUACUCGUUCUCACUAUAGGAAAGUUGAGAGCAAUUAGAAAACGCCAUACGUCUCCUGAAGCACUUCCUAACGCCGAGAAAAAAGAACAGAGCAAAGACAGCUCAUUGGCGACAACAGGGGCAACCACUCUAGAUUUGUGGAUCAGCCCAACUGCGAAGAGUACUACACGAUCAAAAGAGUCUGUAUGA